UGAAAUGCAUGACAGAUCAGCUUGGAAUGAAGUCUGAUAAUUCCAAUGAUUUAAAACGCAUCCAAGAGUUGGAACAGGAAAUGGUAGCUGCUCGCAAUAUGUACAACAAGGAGAUCCAGGCUCUACAUGAUCAACUGGAUCAGAACUGUAAAGAAAGAAUGCAGAUUGAAAUGAACAAUCUCAAAAAUUCCCAAAUGAUUGCUGAAUUCAGGGAAAGCAUACUGGCGCUCAACACAGCCGUGUUGCAGAAAGAGGAAGAGAAAAAAUGUAUAGAGUUGUUGCUGUGUCAGAAGGAAGCAGAGCUCAGGGAACUGAUGAACAAUGCGUCAAACCCCUCUUCAGAGGUGGAUGACCUUAAACGGGACCUCGAGAGGUUACGCUGCAGCCUAGAAGAGAUCCAGCAGAAGUAUGAGAGGGAACACAAGCAGAACAUGGAGCUGCAGUGCACAGUUCAGCAACUGCGACAUAAACUGGAGAGACAACAGGAAAAUCAUUGCCAGGACAUGAUAUGUAUGAGAGAGAAGGCUGCCGAAGCAGAUCAAUUGAUUCAGGAACUGGAAGAGAAGUUGAGAAAGCCAAGCACCGACGAUGGUGGUGCCAUGAAGAUGUUGCAGAAAAUCCGUGAGGCGAACGAAGCCGAGAUGAAACACUACCAGCGACAAACAGAGCAGGCCUAUAAUCAAAAUCUGAUGGACCUGAGCAUGUGCCUGAAUAAAGAGCGUAUCCAAUUGGAGCAAGUUCAGGAAGAAAACCAGUGCCUGCGCCAGCACAUUAACAACCUGUCGACUGAAAUUAAAAUGCUGCAAGCGAAGUUGCUAACGGAGGAGGAAAGCAAGGUUGCUCUCAUUGACAAGUUGAAUUGCGAACAGCAAAAGAACCAGCAACGCAUACAUGAUUUAAAGAUGAGGUUAGAGGAAAUGGAGGAUCUCCUGUUGGCCAAGAUGAAGGAGCUUAGCUGUAAAAACGACAACCAGCCUGCUUCUUUACAAGGAGAUAUUUUGGCAUUUAAAUGUAUGCUUGAGUCAGAGGAGAGAAGGUUAAGUGACAGUCGAAUGGUGUGCCAGCAGAAGUGUUCUCCGUGCAAACCGUAUUUACCCGCUCCUCGGACAUCAUGUGUUCCCUUGAGCCAGUCUUCCUGCCCACGAGUACCAGCUGCGUCCUCGUGCCCUCCUGUGAGCCUGCGCUCUUGCCCUCCACCUCCAAUUUCCAACCCCUGCAAGCCAUCGCACCAAAACUGUGGAGCUCUGUCCUCUGUCCUGAGCUCUUCCCUAGCAUCCGCUGCCCCAAUAUGUUGCCUGCCAUCUUCUGCUCUGACCACACGCCUCCCUGUGCAUCAGCCGAGCUGCCCGCUACCUUCCUCUUUGGCCUCGUGCCUGUCCGCUGCUCGGCCAACCUGUUUGCCAUCUUCUUGUAUCCCACCCUGCCUUCCUGUGAGCCGGCUCAGCUGCCCACCGCCUUCUGCUCUUGCCUUGUGCACAUCGAUGAACCGGCCACGGUGCCCGUCACCUCUUCCGAUGAGCCCGUGCCCUCCUCCUGCAAAUCCCUCAGCAAGUUGCAGACCUGCGUCAAGUCGGCCAUGCCCCGUGGCUCCAGUAACAUACGCGAAACCUAAUAAUCCAACUGACGCGUCGAAAUUUAAACUUGAACAAUGUAUGGCGUCGGAAAGUAAUAAAACUGAGCCAAAGUGGUUCUGUGCAAAGCCUCCGACCCAUUCUCCCAACAGUUGCAAAUCCGGUCAAGGGCGAGAUUUUUACAACACUUUGAUUGAGAACCUCAAGAACAAUGACUCGACCAACGCGCCCCUUGUUUGUAAGCCAGUCAUGAACACAUGUGACCUCAACACACCGAUCGCCAGCACCAUGGGCAACAUGAAAAUAAUCGAAGUCGCUGCCAAUGGCCACUUUGUGCGACUCUUAAAUAUCUCACUCAGCACGGAGGAAGACAUUGGGAACUACAUCUUGCAGCAGAACAUUGAUGGACACCCAGUGACAGUGUACCGCUUCCCACCCAGGACCCGGGUGAAUGCAGGGUCCAGUAUAACCGUCUGGGCAGCUGAAGCAAAGGUCCCACACAGUCCUCCAAAAGACUUUUUGUUGAAGGAAAGUAAUAAAUUCGGAACUGGUCCAGAAUGUACGACAAUCUUGUGCAAGCCCAAUGGGCAGGCUGUAGCGUGGUUCACUCCUGGUCAUGGAAAAUCAAAGCUAAAGGACCCAUGCAAAGAUGGAGAACAGUUCACAGACUAUGAACAUGCACUCCCAAAACAUAAUGCUCAACAUAAUUUUCAAUCAGACAAGGCAAAGGAAGAAUCUUUUGCAAACGUGUGCCAAUUCGUCCCAGAGACCUUACCAGUCAAUCAGAAACCGAGCUUCUACAACUUUCCAACCCGCUGCCCUUGGGGUCAGAGUCUGGCUUCUCCUACCCACCCGGAUUUCACCUUACCAAGGAUGGUGUCUGCUGGGAACGAUGGAAGCAGUCAGUGCAGGGACUCCCGUUCACAGUAUACUCGACCUGACCCUAUCCCAGACCAGCCAAACUCCAGACUGAGAGCAUCACAACAGUGCAGGAGAAGCUCUCUCAGCAAAAAUGAGAAGAAAUCAUCAACGUGCUCUGCAGCAAAUAGCUCAGGGCAACAGAAAAACUUUCUCCCGGGGACCUUGCCGUCCCGAGUUCAUCAAAAGUCCUCAGCUCUGCAGCUUUUACAGUCCAUGCAGAACCUGGCAUUCCAGCCCCCGAUGCCUCGUCCUCCCCCCGUUGCAUCCUGGUGAACCAUGAUCAUUAAUCCAGCCUUAUCACCGAGGUGUGCUGUGCAUGAAUCCAUCUCCAUCUGCCUCACCUUUGCAACAGUUUUAUGCCAAGGCUUCUAG